ACAGUGUGCGUGUACGUACGCGUGACUUUAGCUUUCACCUUUUGUGACAUUACAAAAGCGCAAGCGCAUUCAAAUAACGGGACAUAUUUAAUUUCUCUCGGAGUCGUCAGGGGAAAAUUAUCUGACGAAGAAGAUUUAAGCUCAGAGAAUGGAGAAAGAUUUCCUCACUUUUGAACUAAGAACAAAGAAUUUCAAGCCGCCCGGUAGAACUUUAAUGUACACUUUUCACUCAUAACCUUGAAGAAGACAGCAGGCCAGCGGACGAGCGGGGGAAAAAUGACGGAGAAAUUGUACACAAGAUUGGCGGUCGCCGAAGGAGCUAGCACGGCAGAUGGUGAGCAGACGAAGGCGACCGACGACCAAGCUGCAACCGAAAGUACAAAGGGCAGGCUCGGGAGAUGGCGGCUCGUCUUUGGCAAAAUCCGCCGGCCUAGCUGGAAAUGGGUGAUUCUUGUUGGUGCCUUUUUCCUCAGAGCAACCUUCAUCGGCAUCCUGGCUAACUACACCACCCUUUCUGUGAAACUGCGUGAUUUUUACGGAACGAAUGAAGAAAUCAUAGGUUGGGUGGGGUCUUUGACUUUAAGCGUGAGAAGUCUGUCCUCCCUGCUGACUGCUGCCAUCGCCGUGAAGAUUGGCUACCGCAGCACCGUUUUCCUCGGGGUGCUGUUGGGGGCCAUCUCCCUGAUGUUGUCGUCGUUUGUCCCAGGGGUCCGCUGGUACUUCCUGACAUUCAGCGUGCUGCUGGGCGUGGCUACGUCACUGACGACAUUCACAGCCUAUGACUACGUGAUGAGCUACUUCCACAAGAGAAGCGUGCAGGCCUCAGGCUUACUGGCCAUUGCAUCCAGUGCAGGCCUGAUGAUAAUUGCCCCAUUGAUGGAGUCGCUCCUGGAGUCCAUUGGCCUCCACAAUACCCUGCGUGCCUUUGCCGGGGUCGUUCUCCUCAGCGCCCUCUCGACAUUUACCUUCCGCCCGUCCCCGGCUGAGAAACGCCGCAUGUCUGUCAUCCAAGUCCCACCAACUGCCCUUGACCAGGAUACAUGUAAUUGGGCCCCCGCUGAGCCAGCUGCCCCGUGGAAGCCCCCGGUCCACGCCAAGAAAACAUUCAGGGAGAGCAUGGCAGUGUUCUCCAGGAUCCUGCGCUCACCAGAUAUGUGGAUCUUGGGCGUUGUUGGCCUUACGCUCUGCCUUGCCUCGACGUUCACCUAUCUCAAUAUGGUUAGCUUUCUGAAUACCCUGGGUUUAAGCGUGAAGACCAGUGCCUUCACGCUGAGCAUGAUGGGCGUAGGAGAGUUUGUGGGCACAGCUCUGUCCACACUCCUCGGCGACCGCGUUCCCCUCUUAAAGAUGGAGGUGCUUGCGAUCGUUUCUCUUGUGGCUGCCAUGGUGACGGCUGCCCUGACUGUGGUAACCGUCUAUCCUGGAGUGCUUACUCUUGUAAUAGUGAUGGGAAUGUGCCGUGCUGUCUACAACUUGAUGGUGUUCCCCUCAGUUAUCGAGUGCAUGGGCAGACACUGGAAGCUGGAAAGCUGUGCUUUCUGCUCCAUGAUGUGUGGAAUUGGUUACUUGCCAGGUGGAGUCCUCGGGGGUGCCUUGUUUGAUGCCACCGGCUCCUAUCUGUACUCGCUGCUGGUGUGCAUCGCCCUCUACCUAAUCACGUGCCUUUUGCUGGUCUGGGGUGCGUACCGCUUCCGUCGUUCCCAGCGUGCCCUGGGCCAGACAGUUGGCCCAUCGGCAGCCAUUGAGGAAAGCAAAGCAGAGGAAGAGCAGAUUAAGGACGUGUAUGUGGUGGAUGAGAUCAUGACCACAGUGUAAAGAUCCAAACCAGAUGCCAUAUGCUGAGUUUGUAAGUUGGGUGUGUGGGGGGGGGAGUAGAUAGUACACUGAAAAAUUAUCCUCUCAAAACAUGUUGGACUGCAUGAGUACAGUUUGGCACACUAAGCAUGUCACAGUGUACUUGCUUUUCGUAUAUAGGGUCCAAAGAGUAAAAACUGCGUGCGUGAUGCACAUUUAGCUUUCUUAUUUUCAUAUUCAGAAUUUGGGUAAUCGGGUAUGCGUAACUUGUUCCUAUAGCCAGUAGCAAACUUGUUCGGCAGAAAUCAGCCAAGUUGGCAACAGAGAGCCACCGACGUGCAGUGUAAAUCAUUGGGUAUUACCAGCCAGUGGCUCUGCAGAGCCUUGUGGAUAUAUUGCAGUAAUUGACAAGCCUUAAGUGGGCCAGCGACUUACAGUCUCCUCCCUCGCAUGUGACCAAAGUCUCUCUGACGGUGACAAACUAAAGCUCGGUCCUCAGAUCCAGUUGAGGAAGCCAGCAGUUUCCAAAGAUGCUUUUGUAGUUCAGAUGAUUCAUUUGUAAACUUAGCGCAAUAUUAAAAUACAUGUGUGUGCACGCGAAGUACAAAUGAAUAAGCCUAUUGAUUUAUAGAUGAUGACCAAAGCAAUUGUAUAAAGCAUCUCUUUGCAUGAAAUCUCAAAUGGCAAUUCCUAUUCAAAGCUCGAGUAGAGUAGUUUUGAAGUGUGGUAACUAGUAGAAUACAUUACCGCCUACAUGUACUGAGUAAGUGGUCGACUUAGUGAUAUUUUCAGUAUUUUUUUACAUUUUAAUACAUGCACGCAUGCAAGUAGCACCCUAUGGCACUUGAGACUUGACCGUUUAUGGAUAGUAUAUAAUAAUAAAUUAUGAAAGAGAACAAUAAAUUAAAUGGAGCUUGAUUUUAACCUGUGACCUUUUGAACAAUGUAGUGGCACUUAACCAACUGAGCUACCCGACCCUAUUUUGGUGGUUCUCCCCAGUAUCUUAGUUCGUUUAUAUAAUAUGUAAAUAUUGGUGUUGGCAUGUUUGGAUAUGGAUUAGGCAAUACUGUGUUGAGUGAAAGAUGGUACUACAUUUAGAUGUAUCUACUUGAGAAUCCAACUUGUCGCCAUUUCCUUAUUUUUUCCCUCUCAACAUGCACAUUUGGUAUGUUGAACAGUCAGAAUAGUGCAUUCGUCUGGAGAUUAACCCUAACCCUCCUCAAUCCUUCACCUGUUGGAGGACUGAGGAGUGUUAGGGUUAAGGAUUGUCAGGGUGAAGUCGCUAGCAAGCAUCUUUCAGCUUUUCUCUUGCCCACUGGAUACACGUACAUCUACACGUAUAUGUACAUGUACACACCCAAAUGAAAUCUGUAUCUCGUGUGUAUUUCAUUUAAUAAGAAAAGAUUGGUUAGUUAAGUCAGAGUUAUCUAUUUUUGGUUUCUGGUUAUGAUGUGGUAACUUCUAGCGUAAAUAAAUCUUGCCCUUCUAUAUUUUUUUUAGAGUUUCUAUUGAGUUCUUCAUGUUGAAAUGUGACAUGUUAUUCUGAACAAGAGUAAGUUGUAAGAAUUUGUACAACUCGCACAGUUCGUGUAUUUGCCCUUUUUCUUCAUCGUUGUAGGUGUGGACCCCACAUUUCCUGGGUAAUUGCACCAGACUAGUGGUGAGCGCACUGAUGUUCACAGCCAUUCUCCAAAAAAUAUUGCAAAGACUAGCUGAAAUUUACAUAGUUUAUGGCUGAGAAUGGGAAAUGUGAAAUGAUCAGCGGUGAAGGAAUGGGUCAGAGAGUGAAUGUAAAGCCCCAUCCCCAAGUUGUUUUUUCCUACCCCGGCCUUGUAGCCCUUUUCUCCCAAAUCCCCAGUGGUGGUUCCAGAAUACUUGCUUGGGUACUGUACAGUGUAGGUGAUGGAAAUUUGCACCUUUCAUAUGAAUGUCUUGACAUGGCAGCAGUGCGCCAUGUGGAUUUUAUCUUUGAUGGAGAGUAGUUAUGUGUUGGGCAGUUUACUGUUCACCGCACGACAUGUAUCUGAAAUUUUUGACCAACUUGCGUGUACCGGUACUCAAGUUAUGCUGUAGUUGAACAAAACCUUAGUACAAGAUAAUUGCAAUGAAAUUGUGACAAAAAUUAUAAAUGUCUUAUAAAGAAUUUUUAAGAUAUGAAAUUUUUUUAUCAAAUCGAAGAAAUGUUUAUAAGAAAAAAGUCCAAACUCAGAUUGUUAACCUGUAGCUUUAAAUAAAGAAAUAAAGCAAACUCGUGUUUGGCUGUACCAGAUUUGUAUUUUCUACAAAGAAAAAUUUAAAAGAAGAGGUGAUAACAACAAAGAUAAUUUAUGUUUUGAUGAGGGGGCUGAAAUGAAUGUUUUUUAUUUCAAAAAGAUAAUCAUCAGAAGUGAGUCUGACAGCAGGUGACAAAUCGCCUCGAUCCUGUAAAUUCAUUUUUAUCAGUAGAAAUGUACGUAUAAUUUCAUUUAGGUAUCACUUGAAAGCACAGAAAAGGUCAUUGCAUUUUACAGUAUUGCUAUUGCAUUUUACCAUAGACUAAGCAGUAUGUUAAUCGUUAAAUGCCUUCAAUUUUGAGUUGGGCUUUUAGAUGUGGAGAUGAUUUGAUGGUAGUUAUAUUAUUUGGCAUAAACGUGCAUAACGCGAUAGAGUUUUGUCUUUGAAAAUAAAGGACCAGCCGUAGAAACA